GUAAAAGCUCCUACUCGCGGAAUCAAGGGUGCUGAGGAUGUUCCCCGUGCUUUCUAACCAUCGCCUCUGGUGGGGUGGGCUUCAGAGGAAACUCUGCCUGGAUCAGCCAGUGCUAAGCAGGUGGCACUUCAAGCAUAUGCACCUCAGAGUUGGAGACCGGGCUGAACUCAGCAGAGCUUUCACGCAGAGGGAUGUGGUCGCCUUCUCACAGUUAACGGGGGAUGUCAAUCCCUUGCAUUUAAAUGAAGAUUUUGCAAAACGCACCAAGUUUGGAAAGACGAUUGUACAUGGAGUUUUGAUCAAUGGACUUAUUUCAGCUCUUCUAGGUACUAAGAUGCCAGGGCCAGGCUGUGUAUUUCUUUCCCAGGAAAUUAACUUUCCAGCCCCUUUGUAUGUUGGGGAAGUUGUUUUAGCUUCUGCAGAAGUGAAAAAGCUGAAGCGUUUCAUUGCUUUUAUUGCGGUGUCGUGUUUCGUAACAGAAAGUAAGAAGACAGUUAUGGAAGGCUGCGUUAAAGUUAUGGUCCCGGAAGCCCCCCAGUCCUGACAUACGUAUUUAAAGGUAACAAGUUCAGGCAUCAGUGUUACUGCUGAAGAGCCUCUGAGGAAAACGGGGAUUGCUGCUUUUCACCAAGAAAGGGCUGAUAGACCCAGAAGCCCACAGCGGACAGGGGAGCAGGUGGAGAGGUGUUCAAAUGUCCACUUACCAGUUUGGCCUUAUGCUUCACAUCGACUUGAGUGUAUGCAUCAUCUAUUUAGGGUUUUAAAAUGAAAAAUAUUGAGAAGGUUAUAAUUUAGCUAAAGGUUCUACUUUUAGUAUUUCAACCCCAGCUAGAUGUCUAUUUGGGUAACACAGACCCUAUACAUGUGUAGAGUAAGUUUCUCACUGAAUUUAUAACUAGCUAGCAGUUAAUUACUGAAGGCAAUGAUAGAAGGAGGGUUAUUUCUGAGUACCUACCUUUUAACAAUAAAUAUUCUUAGAUACUGUUCUUCAGCAGUUUCUGGGUUGGAGUUUAUUGUAAUUCAUUAACCGUUUACAGCAAGAUGGUAUCUUGCUCAACCUUCAGCAGCACUUGGCUUUCAGAUGGUUUUCCUGUUACUGGAGAAGGGCUUGUGUGCAGAUUUUGGGCCAGUAGGCAAACUCCCUGGGUCUCAUCUAUAGAGCACGGGUAGCAGCACCUACCACAUAGCUCUGUUGGAGAGAACAGAUAACUGAGCACAAGGCCUAGUCUGGGUACAGUAGCUACUAUUGCAUUCUCCCCUGUGAGUGAGGUUAGAGGUUCCCCACGGUGAAAGAUUCAUAGACCUGUCAUUCACAAUGUCAGCAAAGCCUGAAAUUGAUCUUGAGUGCAUAGUUUCUACUUUAGUAAUCCAGGUUAUCUUAUUCCUCCCUUGGAAAUGUGGGCAUCCCCUCCCUGUUAUAUAAAGUAUGUGCUUGUUGUAAAAAAUUAUAGGAAAUAAGAAAUAUAAGAAAUACUGUGAAGGUCAAAUUCUUGAGAGUUAAGGGGUAUUGAAGAGGAAAUUUGCCUAGUGUGUUGGUAGUAAAUGGUCGUCCCCAACACAUCCAAUGCCUAAGGCAGUCUAACAGAACAUACUUGUGGUAUGCCUGUGCUCUGUGGCUUUACAUGGCAGCUCUGACCACAGCUAGAUGUUUGAUCAGGAAGAUGAGAUCAAGUGUAGCUGGUUGGAUCAAUCCACAUUUCCAGGAAAAAGGUUUCUCCUCCUGUUGGUUCAGUAACUAGACGUUUUAAUUUUUUACAUCAAGGAGAUAGUUAAGCAGAUCACUAGAAAGAAUUAUUCUCGUCCCUAGAGGGCAGUGGUGCACAUGAAGUGAGUAUUUUUAAACAAGUACUGUAUCAUGCUCUAGUCUGUGGUGGUGAGGUGCAGAUAACCAAAGUCAGCGUGAGAAGCCGGAAUGCCCCUCUCAUGGGUUGCAGAAUGGGCACCGUGUGUGGCUCCAAUCUACCUGAAGAAGGCUUAUUUAUAGGUGAAAUACUACACAUGCUGAAUUUUAUGUAAGAUAACACAGAACAACGAAAUGAGGUACUUGAGGUACAAAAUACAGACUUGAAGCCAAGACCCUCUACUCCUGCAGAGCACGUGCUCUGGGACUUAGCAGCAGUUUUGAAAUAUGGGUCCACAGAUGGGAGUGUGAUGUGAUCAGUAAUACUAAUAGCCACCCUUUUUUUCUGAUGAGCCAGUUUCCUACAUUCAACUCUGGUCCUUGAAACAACUGUAUGAAGUUAAUGUCCCAUUUUGUAGGCAAGGAAACAGACUGAUGCUGUGUCAUUUGCCCAAAGUGGUCCAGCUAGUAUGCAGCAGAGCUGGAAUUCAGACCCAGGCCAACCUGGUUGCAAAGCAUUUCCAUCCCCACUGUGGGUCUUAGAAUGUUCCCAUUGCUGGAGAACUUAACGUUUCUGUAAUAGUAUUUUAUUAUGUGGCAUUAAGGUAUUUAGAAUGACCAUUGUAUAGAAUUCUUUUUAUAUUCAGAAUGUUCUAGAUCUUAUUCCCUGCUCCCGUUGUAGCAUUUUCCAGUGUACUAUUACUUGAUGGCUCCCACCCAUAUUUACUGCCUUUUUCUAAGUUGACAUUCAGUGGUUAUAUUUUCAGAGCAGAAUUGCUGAAAGGGUUAGUCUAAAGGGGAAGAAUUAUGUGCAGGCUGAGCAUGGUGAGGAGAGGGGAUGUCAUGUCUGGCCAACAGCUGAUUUUAUACCGUGUAACUCAAAAGUAGCUCUUCAGUAUGAGCGUUUUCUUUUUUUAACUGUUCCUUUAAUGUCAUGGUCGUCUUUGAUCUCUGUAAAUAGUAAAAAGUUGGAAGAGCGAAGUAGGCAAGAAGUUAGGGGUACUUCUUUGUAAAUGAUAUUGUGUGUACUUUCACUUCGAGCCAGGUCAUUGGUCAUUGGUCAUUGGUCAUUGGUCAUUGGUCAUUGACCACUCAUAGGUCAUUUAAGCAGGUUACAGGAGAACUGGCUGGUUGCUUUUGUCAUUUUGAGCCCUACAGAUGCUGCCAAGAAAGAAGGUCUCUUCUGUGAAUCAUGAGUGAUCCUCAAAUUAGAGAGUCCUCUUUCAGAUACUGAGUAGUGGCUUUGACUGUAUGAGGUUACAUGUGGAAGUAAGUACAGAAGUGCUGACUAAAAUAGGCCAAGUUGUACUAGCUCUCCACAUAGGGGUAUUGUAAGACUGGAAUUUAUGCAAUGUUUGAUUGCCACAGAAAGAUAUACCCAUCUUAACCAACUUCAGCCUAAUAUACUGGAAAAUUGCUUAACAGAUUUUUAUAUUCUACUAGAAACAUUUUCCUGUUGGUGAAAUGCCACUCAUUUCUUUUUCUGAGCAACAAAUUUUAAGUAGUAAUGGGGAGAAAGCUUCACCACAGCCACCAUUCAUUUUGUGGACCUAACUUGUGUAUAUUCAUCUAGAAAAAGAAGAAAUUGCCAAAUGCAAACCAGUACCUCUUAGGUAACCACCAGUUUUCAUUUUGUGCUGAAUUAUUAGUCAUUUUCCUUUUAUGUUUUUAGAGUAUGAUUCAGAGACCAAUUUACUCCUGAAGAAAAUUGCUGUUACAUCUAUUAAGUUCUUAAAACAUACUCUACCAAGGGUUGACUGUCACUCUGAGCAGCUGUGCCACUUGCAGCGUGUCAUGUGUUGGCCUCAUGUGUUAACUGGCUCCAUCUGAGCGGAGUGGGAGCACUGUGAAGUCACUCUUGGGCUGCCUUUGAGUAUCUCUAGAGUCCCAGAUGUUUCACUUCCUUUGUUCUUGGCUCCUCUUCAUUUGAAUUACAAACACAGCGGAGAUGAGGAUUCUCAGUAUCAUCAGAGAAAGUUUGGUAGAGCAAAAUCAACUAGAAGAACCAUUUACGUUCAAAAUCCUAAGAAAACCCAAGGCUAAUGGUGUUGCCGGGCAGCUGGUUUCUCUCUGCACACUUGGUGAAACAUAUCAUUUAGGCUACAUUUUUGCCCAAAGUGGUCCAGCUAGUAUGGAACAGAGCUGGAAUUCAGACCCGGGCCAACCUGGUUGCAAAGCAUUUCCAUCCCCACUGUGGGUCUUAGAAUGUUAGCUGGUCUGGGGAGGUUUCUCUGCACACUUGGUGAAACAUCAUUUAGGACUACUUGUCCCAACCUAAGAUAGGUUGUUGACUGAUUACUAAAUAUGAGAGUCUUACUUCCUAUCUCCCUGGUUUUUUAAAAUGGAAUCUUAGCCUUAAGAUGGGGUCCCUCCUGUUCUUACUGUCAUGAUGCUCGUCCCAUGUCCCUGCCCUGCAUCACUGGCACAACAUAAAUGGAACAGGAUUAAUAGGCCCCCAAAACUGUCUCUAGGCCACUAUCAAUUUAUAGGGUGGCUCUUAGCUAUACGACCUUACAAACACUGGGCAAAAAUUCCUUUGUGACGUGAUGAAAAGUAUCACCACAUAAUGGAAAUAAGAGUGAUCUAAUGUGAGUUUGACCAAAUGUUUCCUAUUCAAUUCAUGAAUAUGUAAAGAUGAUCUUUUGAGUCGGUUGGUGAUGCUGCUUAGGAAGCACUGAUUUUUUCACAAGCUCCUAUGAUCUGAUUUGUAGCAGUUGCCGGGUCUAGAAGCAUCCUCACUAAAGCUCAUUAUCUUCACUCAAUCUGGCCAGACGUCAAGUUGUUAGAUAAACAACCUGUAGGCUAUCUAAACGUUUAGCAAGCACGUGCGCGCACUCUAAAGCCAAAUGGAUGUUGAGGCUGUCAUAAGGUUUAGGCCCUGGUCUCAGAGGAUCAGGGGGUCCAUUUAAGUUCAGGAUCCUCAGAGGAGAGGCACUGAUUUGGGUAGAUAAAAAUGGAAUUACAAGGUUUACCAUAGUGUUUAUUCUGAGGAGCUUACUUCAAGCAAAAAUUGCAGAGGAAAGGAAAGGCUAGAUUGAGAGCCUCUGGCUUCGUUCCAUCAAAUGUCUGAUUUCUCACUUUCAGUUUCCUUUUCCUAGGUGCGAAGACCAGACAAGGUUGUUAUUUUAUGGCCUUUGCAGCUCAGUUGUAUGACAUUAAUGACAUUACUUUUUUCGACUCAUACGAUACAGUUUUCAUUAGAGACAGUUUGAAAAACAGAAAAAGCAUAAAAACAGAAAGUAUCAUGAUCACUCCACCCAGAGACCCACAGUUAAUAUUUUGGUGUUUUCCUUCUGGUGUUUUUCCUACAAAUACAUUUUCAAAACUUGGGAUCAUACAAAUGCAUAUAUUGCUUUUUUUCCACUAUUCGUAUCAAGAACAUUUCCCAACAUGAUUAAAUGUGCUUUGAUAAUCUGAUUUUUAAUCACUGCAAAAUGUUUUAUUUAUAACUGUACCAUGAUUUGUCCAAUUCCCUAUUGCUAAAUAUCCUUGUUUGCUGUGUGUUUGCACUGAUCUAUGAUUAUUUCCUUAGGAUACCCUCUUAGAGGUGAAAUUGCUGGGUGAAAACAUUUUCAAAGCCCUUGAUAAACGUAUUGUCAAAUCCCAGCUCCCAGCACCAGUCCUAUUGCAUUGGUAAGUACUCAGUAAAUAAUUGAUGAAUGAAUAAAUGCUUCUCGGAAAGGUCAGACCAAAUUAUCCUCCCACCAGUAGUAGGUGAGAAGGGCCUUGUUUUGGUCAGUCCACAUGAUGACAGGAAUAAUGACUAAAGCAGAAUUUUGGUUUCUGUGAUUGGCAAUGAAGUAAUCCAUUUACCUUAAAGAAAUGGAAGUAAAAGGUUGAAUCCA